GCAGUGUAUUCUCCAUCAAAUAACUAUCAUUUUCUUUUAUGGCAAGAACUAAGCGGGUCUGGGGUAAUCGGUGGAGAACUCCUUCAAGGUCAGUGUCUCGAGUUUUCAGUAUCAACGUACUCUGUAGUGUAGAAAUACCAUACUUUGAACCUCACUGCCUCAUUAGUGUCGCCACGUAACGAUAUUUGUGGGGACGAGCGUUGCGUGACGACAUUAAAAACGGCUGUGUAGCGGACUACCCUGUCCCAGACUCGUACCAAGUCACCACUUAUUCAUUCACGCAACGGAAUAUGGAAAGGAAAUUUGAUGCGCACAAAGGCGCUUGGGAAGCGUUUUUCUUCCUUACCUCUAUUGAUGCACGGCGAACUCACUAAGGAAGUGACUGGCUAGGAGUCUGUCCUAGCCAGCUUCCCCUAGCAGUUUACCGCGCCGGGAGAACAAAUAAACAAUCAAUUUCAACGAGGUUUUGAGCCCUCCAUCCUUCGAAAUAACAGCCUGGGAGUCUAGGUAGUACUACUUCAUGCGGCUGUUGUACCCAGUUUUAUUGUUCCUUCGGGGUUGAAAAGGUUGAAUAUCUGGAAAUUUGAUUUAGGCAUAGAACCUCGAAAAUAAUGACAUUCAAUUUUCGUAGAAGUAACUCUUUCUGAUUGUUUCUCAGGCAAUUUACGACUUGUGUUUGGCAGAGAGCAGAAGAAUCCUGUUUUAUUGUACAACAACUUCAUUCGAAAAGCGUUUGUCACAUGGCAGGAAGGAGGCGUGCUGCUAUCACGACAAAUAACCAUGGCAACCCGACCACUUUGCACUCCACCAUGCGCUCCUCGACAGACUUGCGCAGUACAGGACAAAUGUGUCCCCAAUACAGGAAGUAAACUGAAAUACUUUUUUAAAUUCCGUUUAAAAAGAACGCAGUAUAUGAAGUUCUAUCGCAUAGACUCGCUGGAUAGGCAAACAAAUUUUUUUUUUUAGCUCGAAUUUCAUUAAACAGUUUCGUUAUCAUAGCCGGUAUGAACAGAGCACAGCUAGUAGACCUUUGUUGAAAUUUAGUCUUAAAUGCAACAUUAUAUAUGACUGUGAUUAGAUUUUUUUUGUUUAGUUGACGGGAAAAUUUGGAAAAAACAAUAGGAAAAAAUACUACACGGCACGAUACGAUGCAGUACAGUAUGGGUAUAGUACGGUGCGAUACGAUACGUUACCGUGAUAUGGUUCGUUACACUACAUAGUAAGCUCCAUUGCGAGGCUACUCGAAAGGAAAGGCGGUAUCAAAACUGAAAGGUACGCUACAGGAACAGGAGGGCAUUUUGUAAGCGCAUGCGUCAAUAUGGCCUGUUGAAGUGCCACCGAGGCAUUUUCUGUGAAUUGUUUACGUUCAGUACCAGCAUUUGCAGGCUGUUUUCUGGAGCUAAAUGACGUGUAAUGGGUGCUACGUUCAACAAACAUGUUCUUUAAGGUAUCGAGGUAUUUCUACGAUGAAAGUGAGUUUAUUGUAGCCUCGCUGUCGCCCUUGAGGGGACAGUCUUUCCUUUCGUAAAACAGUACAUCGAAGACAAGAUGGCACAUGAUGCACGAUUUACGGACAGGUUUUCAGCGUAAGCUUUCGUGUAAGCCGCUUACAGGGCUUACAACCGAGCGGGGAACUGGGAACUAACUGCACAUUGCGAGAAAUCGUUGAAAUGCUAAAGUGAAAUAUAUUUCAUAGUCGUUUGGAUAUCAUUUUUUCAAGACACAGGGCCAUAUUGUAAUGAAGCAGUUUUAAAACAUAGAAGCACCCUGCAUAAAAGAGAUAAGAUUACAAACUAACGGUGAAUUUGGAGAACUGCAGUCGUUGUUCGCAUGUUCACAAGUCAAAUUCACAUCGGCGCGCAUGAUCUUUGUCAUGGUUAGUCUUCCUCUACGGUACGUCUUCGUUGAGAAAUAUAAUACACGCUUUUCAACUAUAAAUUUAAAUCAAUAUGAUUUUGCCAGUAAGAUUAUGUUUUGAAAAUAAGAAUAUUCUAUCAUUUAGUUAUACAAAGGAAAAAAAUUACAGCAAUCGUUUUGAAUUCUGAUUUUUUCCACCUUAUUUUGAUGGUACACUGUUUGUUUAGAUUCAUUAUGCAGAUAUAUAUACCAUUUUGGCGUUUUAAAGAAAAUGUAGCCUAACUCCCCAACCCCAAAAUAGCACGAAAUGAAACGUUAUCAAUACACCUUUUAAAUAAAUCCUGACAAUUCUGUUGCAAAGAAAUCGCAUUUAUUCCUAAAUGAUGCCAUUUUGUGGAUACUACAUUUGUUGAUAUGCUAAUUUGUGAGACAUUUCAUUCACGAAGGAUGUUGACUGAGACCAGCUUCUCCUCUGUAUUGAACCACAUGCUUGUUUAAUGCAUCAGUUUCUGCUUGAUAAUUCUUCCAUGAUGUACAACUUACAUAUGGGGUUCAUUUGGGUACAGUAAAAAGCUCUCAACAGAAAGAUUAAUAACAGACAAAUUCAUCCAUCCAUUUGUGUCAUGUUUGUUUUCGCAUCCCAGCUCAUUUGGGUGUUUUAGCAGAAGUACUUAUUUUUGGAGGAAACAGCAUUAUAUGCACCCCUUUAACAAACUUCCUGUCUUAUGUUUAAACAGGAUUUGAAGGUGAACAACAUCGUCAGUUAGAUUUAUGGAGUGAUGGGCCAUUCUCUGUUUUGAAUGGAUCACUACCGUCAUCAAGUAUAAAUUAAUAACAAGAAAUCGAUUGUCGAACACAGGAGAUGUUACUCAAGAGUCUCUUCAAAAUACAGAGAAAAUAGUAGCUUAGGAAAAUCUCUGUCUUUUAGAGUUAAAGAAAAAUAAAAGUACUGUUCGUUUUUUUCGGAGUAUGUGCAUUCGUUUUGCCUGCAACUGAGCUUAUGAAAUGCUCAAGUGAUUAUGUACUAGAUAAUCACUUGUAAUUAUUGCUGUCUCAAACUCAAUCCAUUCUUCAUUUCCUAUGGAAUAUUUUUUAUAAAUUUUUCCGCGAAAACUUUCGAAAAACUGUAAAAACCGCAUGGAUUUCAUGUUUUUGUGGCAUAUAUAAACGCGUGUCUCCGCGAUCAGUUUAACAUGAGACAUCGCGCUAUUAAAUAAACCUCGCGUGGUAAAUUUUUGUUCGCUUUUUGUCUUAAAGCAGCUGAACAUUGCUACGAUGCAUUUCCUUCCUGAUAAGUAAAAGCACGAGUUUGGAAAUCAAACCAUAGAAGUGCAUUGUUUUGCUAGUGAAAAUCCGACUUAUACAGGAACAUGACUUUUUGGCGUUGGGUCUUGAAAGUCUUUAAAAGGCCAAGAAAACCUACUGCUGAAAAAUCUACAAGUGAAAACCCGCGUAGAAAACGUCCGAUUUUUGUUAUGGAGAAUUUUUCUGUAGGAAAGUGCGGUAAACCACCAACGAAAAGGCUUUUAAAAGGACUGUAACUUUACCCGCGAGUUUUCGAUUUCCCGCCAUCAGAUUUGUACGCUGGUGCGAUAACAGCAAGUCGCCUAAGUGCGUACGCGUAUGUUUUACGGGAGGACAUGCGAUGUCCGACAGCAAAGACCCAAAUCCAAAAUCACGUGUUGUGUAGAACUUAUCAAAGAUUACCAGAUGGUAUUUUUGACAAGCCUGACAAGACUAUCAGGGGGAGAGUGGAGUUUACUGAUUCUUUGUAUAUCUUAUUUGUGCACUUUGACCCAAGCCUAUGAUUUUUUUCUCCGUUUAAGAUUUAUGCAGCGUGAACAACGGAGGGUGCAGUCACAGGUGUACAUCAUCAGGUCGAUGGAAAGUUCAGUGCUCUUGUCCAGGUCACAUGCAGCUAAAAGAAGACGGCAAAAACUGUAGGAGUGGUGAGUGGGGCCUGAUUAUAGUGUGGUCUAUCCACCCCUUCCCCGUCGGGGACAGACUCUUCGGGGGUUAGUGGAAGGUUAUUUAGGUCCGCUCGAACUUUAAACUACACCUUAUGCAUUGUUUUGAAAUUUUUACACAGGAAGGGAUAGAAGUUGGCGGCAUAUUUCGUUAAAUAAAACCGGAAGUGGGAGACCAAACAUAAAGCUUUUUUCUUUUUUAAUUCAUAGUUCUUCCAUGCCAUGGUAUGACCCCUGCAAAGAAGCCAUCCACUGGAGCAGACUAUUUCUGAGGCCCUGCCAGGGUAAAUUCCAACAAACGACAUGACCCAAAAAGUAGCGACAGAGACUAAAAUGAAAUCGGGACAAGAGACAACCUCCUUCGGCCAAAUAGCGACAGUGACGGCAAAGCCGAGAAUAUGCGAAAUGUUAACUGAGAAAUUGAACAACUGUAAUGGUUUCUUUACAACGCAACGCUAUCCCCCUUUUUCUAAAAUUCCAACUGAGACAAAGAAUUUUCGAUCAAUUUCCGACAGCGACGUGAAGCUUUUAUAAACACCGACACGAGACGUGGCAGGGCCUCAUUUCUGCGGGAGAGGGGCGCCAAGUAACAGUGUCCUUCUAACACCUACUGUCCUGUUGCCCCCAAUGAUACUUUUGCUAAGUACUGUGAAGGUAACGUUUUUCAAUUUACAACAAAGAGAAUAUCAAGUUAGGCUUCGUCCCUCAAUUAGGAAGUUUUAAGUAACAUAGCAGGCAACGAUGUAUCCCUAUUUUUGGGAAGAAGGAUUCUAGCACCUUUGUUCAUAGAGUGAUUCCUCUUUGCCUUCUGGGCGGGAACUAGGAACGAGGCAAUUGCGUUUCCAGGGCUUUCCCUGAAGCCUCGAGGGCAAAGUUGGGAACGUGAUUGGCAUUCUCAUCGGCAUGUAAAGGAAUGUAUGAUCGUUGAUGACAACACCAUCUUUUCUUUUAAUCCCAUAAAACCCGAAGGGAGUCUGUAAUUAUAACAAAGCAGGCGUUCAUUGGUUCAGUUGUGUUAUGAGGACCCACUUGCCUCUUCUGAAUUUCAGCCUCUCCAGUCAUCAUAACAUAUAUUGCUGUUAUUUGUCAGCUCCUCUACCAAGCUACUCCAUUGUGGUUGCCACUAAAAAGGCAGUAUGGCAGCUGUUUAUGGACACGAAACUAAACCGAGCCACGUUUAAAAAGGUGCAAUUGAAUCACGAUCCCAUGAUGCUUGUCGCGCUGGAAUAUAACCCUGUUGAUAAGCGCGUAUAUUGGAGUGACGUAGGUGAAGGCUCUAUAAACCGCAUUUUUCUGAGCGGAAUGGGAGGCAAGCAACAGAUACAAAGGUAAUUUAUAUACCACUGGACUUAUAAAUGGGCACCCUUAAAUUUUGCACUAGAACCUUAAAGCAAAGGAAAAUGUCUUUACUAUAUCUCAUACGCCAACUUCUUUAAUAAGUUGAAUCAAGUUCAAGCUUGGUUAACCCUACUCUUGAACAUGUGAAAAAGUCGCGUUUUUCAUAACAGAUGCCUGUUAGUUUUUUUCGUAAGUUUUUAUAAACCAGGGGAACACGCAAGGGGAGCGCACGCGCGUGUGCGACAUUUCUCUUUUCACCCUAAAAGAACCGCCUAUGUUUUUCCCGCAUGUUUGACAUGUAAACAAUUUUAGCCCAAACGUUUUCAUCAUUUUUUGAGGAUUUUUUGGGAUACGGGAUUUGAAUCUCGGGAUUCGGGAUCUUUAAGCAAAAUGGAGGAGAGAUCGGGGAUUGAAGGUAUACACGCGAUGUGAAAUGUCAAAAAUAACCAUCGGGAUUACGGAAUUGAGGGAAGAUUUGGGUCGGGAUUAAGGGAUUGAAGGACCCAAUCGGGGACCGUCAUUUUCAGGCAAAGGCUUUGUUAUAGAGCUUAGAUUCUGAGACGACGACGACUACGAGUACGAGAUUUCCUCAAUGCUGAGUAGUGCUCGUGCGUGAACCAGCGUCAUUUUGGCGGGAAAACGAGUUAGCCGUCGUCAUUUUACGACGAGUUUUAGCGAGAUUCACUGGUGAUCCUCGUCCCACUGAUCUCCUUAUUCAAGCAACCUUUAAAAUCGCAAUAUUUGUUUAAAACUUCCUGUCUGAGAAACCGAGAGAAUCUUGCACUGCGGAAGUACCUUUUAUUCACCUGCAUUAACAUGGUUUGAUUUUGGUUAACACAGAAAUGCAGGUGUCGUGGAUGGCAUGGCACUCGACGUUGAAAAUAAUUUCAUUUUCUGGACUGAAGUGUCAAAUAACAUAAGGCGGGGAAGGAUCAUGCGUGCAAGUUUAGAUGGAAGGAACCGCAUACAAAUACGACAGGGAUUAGAUAAACCGAGAGCUAUCGUCCUCUAUAAGCCGACAAGGCUUGUAUCACGUGAUUGCUGCCCUUUAUUGUUGAUUGAAAGGCCAGGCGCACUUGCUAACCAAUCAGAAAUGUAAUGAGAUCACGUGCCUCGCUUACGCGCAAUUUUUAUGCUCUUGGCGCUGGCUACGUGUGUUUGUGAUUGAUUCAUUUGAAUUUCUACGCGUAUUCGUUCAGCUGUUCGUUUAGCUAAGGUGAAUUAAUUUUCUUAUGCCACACCCAAAACGAAUGCUGGCACUUACUUGUCAAGCAUGCGUAAUAGCAAUCUGGAGAAAAGGAUUGAGGGCUAUUUUUGUCCCACGCAAUCAUACCAGCUAUAGAAGACCGUAAGUACGUUCUGGUGGUCACAUAUAAAGGUAUUCCCAACUCAGGCUUUUGAAACGGCAUCCAUUAGAAGAUAACAAGUGGCGUUUAUAGCGGAAAUCGGCCGAUACUACUUCCUACUAAAGUAAGUGCAUCUGUACUAUUUGUUCUGACUCUAGGAUGAUGUAUUGGACUGACUGGGGAUCUACACCCAAGAUCGCGCGUGGAAGGUUGGACAAUUAUUUUAACGUGGAUACGAUGGUGACAGGACAACUAAAAUGGCCGAGUGGUUUAGUUAUUGAUGCAGCUUCGCGUAAACUUUUUUGGGCAGAUGCUGGCAUGGACAAAAUAGAGUACUCUAAUCUAGAUGUAAGAAGCUUUGUGCUCUUCUCGUAUUGGCUGAACAUUCUACAAACCAGCUCAUGCUGCCUUCCAUAUGAAUAUGCGAGAUUUCCUUACCUUAAUUAAAAGCCUGUGAUGUCCUUUUCAUUUGCAUCGAUAUAAUUUAACUAUUAUUUCUUCUUUAGGGGCAUGGUCGUGGUGAACUGCUCAGUGCCCCACGUGUUCGUCAUCCCUUCUCUCUCGCCAUCCUAAACAACAGGUUAUUAUUUCUAUAAAUGUUGUAAUAGUAACUGAUAAUAAAUUAGUUCAUAACAAAUUAGGUAGCCUACGAGCAACCUCUUCAUUCGAGGAUUAUUUUGAGAAGUCACACGUGGGCAUGGAAAUAUUUUGCCGCUCGCUUAUCCGUUCUUUCGCAGCACGCUUCGCUCGCCACUCGAGACGAAGAGCUUGCUCGUAGGCUAUAAAUGAGGCUGAAUAUGAUCGUCUGAGAGAGUGUGGUUCUGAUCACUGUGACCAGCACUGAAGAGCCAUUUACGUGUAAUGAUAAAUUUGUCACAACGUUCCACACAGUUGUACGUAAGGUAUUUCUGGAUACUGGAGAUACUCACGAGGAAAACGUAGUACCCGAGGACAAUGCUCCAACGCAUCCUUUGACCCAGAAGGUUUUUUCAGGGUAUCACGUUAAGCUGAGUUGUGAGGCUGGCUCAGAGUUUGCGUUAGAGUUCCCGAUUUGGGAAGAUUCUCAAUUCCAAGAAAUUUGGAAAUCCUGGUAAAAAGUUUUCAUUACGAACACAAACGAGUUUUAAGAAACCUUUUAAAAAAUACGAGAGGGUUGUGCGAGCAUCUCCGAAAAUUUUCAAAAGGUCUUCGCGGACCUAUAAUUUCCGUCAAGACUAGAAGAAGAGCUUAAAAAUUCCCUUUGCAAUACGGAAAAUUUAAAAAGCUACUUAAGCUCUAGAAUUCAAAAUGAUUGCCUAUUUUUGCUUUUAUGAGAGGCUAACGUCGAUGUCACAGCUUCUGGCUCAAUUCUUGAGGCUUCUUCUUUCUAAGCUUUCCUUUUGGAAUGAAAAAGAAUCUGUGGCUAGGAACGCAGUUGUUAGUACUCGAAAGUUUUUUUUGUUUUAGAUUGUUUUGGAGUGACUGGGAAACUUCAGGAAUACAUUCAGUGGACAAAGACACUGGCAGAGAUAUCAUAACCGUAGCCAAGGGCCUUGAUCGGCCAACUGCGUUUGUAAUAUUUAAAGCCACUUCUCCAGGUUUGUAAUUCUUGAUUAGUUCGAUCUUCACCCUGCGAGCAUAGCCUCUUUUUGUCUUCUUGAGUAAGGAGAAGAAAAGGAAGCUAUACGUGAAUCGUGCCAAGCUUUUAAAGUCACUGUAGCCUGGACUAGUCAAUCUUGUUUUCUCUCUUCAAACUGGUUUUCCGAGUGCGAGCAUCCGUUUAUUGUGAAACCAGUGGUCAUAAAUGAACCCCCUGUACCCAGCACACGGCUAUUAGGCCUGGAUUCGAAACUUUUUCCCAGCAUGCUCCACUCCAAUCAUGCCAAAUCGCGGCUCUGCUAACAGGGUGUUAGAUCAUAAGCAUUGGAUGGUACUCAGGACCCUUUAGGGAACAAUAGAGACCUCUAGAUUAUGAGACGAGAACGAGUACGAGUACGAGAUUUUCUCAAUAGUAAGUAGUGCUCGUGCGUUAGGCAGCGUCAUUUUGGCGGGAAAACGUGGUAGCCCUCGUCAUUCUACCACGAGUUUUAGCGAGCGUGUCGUAGUGGCGGGAACAAGUUAACAAAUGUUAGAAGUUUUAGCAUUUUGCAAUUGGGAGAGGUCUUAACCUUCUCCAAUAACGAUAACAGUGCUAACUUUUAUGGUGAAAAAAUGUACAAUGAAGAAGUCCGGGGUGACAAGGACCAAAUGCUUGACAUACACAUACCCUUUAGAUUUUCUUGACCGCCGCCCGGUUAGCUCAGUUAGAUAAGUGCCGGUCUGUUGAGUGGGAAGUCGUGAGUUCAGUUCGGCAGCACUACAAACCAGGGUCUUCAAAAACUGGUAAGAUCAUGCUGACUGUGACUCAAGUCUUUGUCGCUGUUUUGUUAUUGGUCGGUGACGUUACAUUUAAGCCGUUGUUGUUGUUUCCUUUAUCCUUCCUUUUCAUUUGGAAGGGGGCAAGUAGACCCCGGUGUUGUGGUCCAUCUUUUCAUGGGCUGUCUCGAGAAAACUAUUUCGGGGCCACGUUGAAAAGCCUAAAACUUUGCUUACAUCUUCUUAACUCCAAAAAUGCUCCAGUUUUAAUUAUUUAAGAAUAUAUAACAAUUAUUCACCGAAGUGGAGGUGGCUAAUGAUGGAUAUUUACCGAAGCCGCGUAAACGGCGAGGUAAAUAUCCAUCACUAGCCACCGACACUGAGGUGAAUAAUUGUUUAAGUAUAUACUAAAACAGUGAGAUAAUUGAGCCCAAAAAUGAUGAUUUUUAACAAAACUUUUGAAGGCAUUUGUUUAGCUCUUGCGGGAAAAUUUCCUCAAAAGGAGUUGUGAAUUCUUUUUGUANAGCACACGGCUAUUAGGCCUGGGUUCGAAACUGUUUCCCAGCAUGCUCAACUCCAAUCAUGCCAAAUCGCAGCUCUGCUAACAGGGUGUUAGAUCAUAAGCAUUCACAUUGGAUGGUACUCAGGACCCUUUAGGGAACAAUAGAGACCUCUAGAUUAUGAGACGAGAACGAGUAGGAGUACGAGAUUUUCUCAAUAGUAAGUAGUGCUCGUGCGUUAGGCAGCGUCAUUUUGGCGGGAAAACGUGGUAGCCCUCGUCAUUCUACCACGAGUUUUAGGGAGCGUGUCGUAGUGGCGGGAACAAGUUACCAAAUGUUAGAAGUUUUAGCAUUUUGCAAUCGGGAGAGGUCUUAACCUUCUCCAAUAACGAUAACAGUGCUAACUUUUAUGGUGAAAAAAUGUACAAUGAAGAAGUCCGGGGUGACAAGGACCAAAUGCUUGACAUACACAUACUCUUUAGAUUUUCUUGACCGCCGCCCGGUUAGCUCAGUUAGAUAAGUGCCGGUCUGUUGAGUGGGAAGUCGUGAGUUCAGUUCGGCAGCACUACAAACCAGGGUCUUCAAAAACUGGUAAGAUCAUGCUGACUGUGACUCAAGUCUUUGUCGCUGUUUUGUUAUUGGUCGGUGACGUUACAUUUAAGCCGUUGUUGUUGUUUCCUUUAUCCUUCCUUUUCAUUUGGAAGGGGGCAAGUAGACCCCGGUGUUGUGGUCCAUCUUUUCAUGGGCUGUCUCGAGAAAACUAUUUCGGGGCCACGUUGAAAAGCCUAAAACUUUGCUUACAUCUUCUUAACUCCAAAAAUGCUCCAGUUUUAAUUAUUUAAGAAUAUAUAACAAUUAUUCACCGAAGUGGAGGUGGCUAAUGAUGGAUAUUUACCGAAGCCGCGUAAACGGCGAGGUAAAUAUCCAUCACUAGCCACCGACACUGAGGUGAAUAAUUGUUUAAGUAUAUACUAAAACAGUGAGAUAAUUGAGCCCAAAAAUGAUGAUUUUUAACAAAACUUUUGAAGGCAUUUGUUUAGCUCUUGCGGGAAAAUUUCCUCAAAAGGAGUUGUGAAUUCUUUUUGUAUUAAAAAUCAUUCUGUAAAAAGGAUUAUUAGAUUUAGUUUUAAGCUUAUUCAUGAACAAGUCAACUAAAAAAAGUCACGCAAGACUUAAACUUAAUUUGCAUUUGUAAACAACAAAACUUUUUCGCCGGUUUUAUCGAUAAAUCCAAGUCAAAAAGACAAAGCUUUACCUGUGAAAACUUCCACCCCGAGCUUCGUCACUUUCUUCGUGUAUUUCGGAAACAGCUUGCUUGAUUAGUUGUGAAAUUUCUUUGUUUGUUACGGCAGCAAACCGGGAAGGUAUUUUGUAACUUACGCGAGUUUGGCGUCUCUCGCUCGGAGGAACUGGCGGUGAAUCAGUGAAUAGUGCAGGAUAUUCACUGAUUGAGUAGCCAAUCAGGGCGCGCGAAAAACACUAUCCACUGUUUUAGUAUAUAUUUUAGAUAUUGCAACUGUUUCCUGUCGUCUGUUUUAACGGAUGGCAAGGAUGGAUAUGGAUUGAAACCUGAAAAAGUUGUGUAAAUGUUUUCAAGUUUAAACGAUAUGCCUGCAAAAAACACCCUCCUCCCCCCCCCCCAAAGACAUAUUUUCGUUCGUAUGAGUGCUCACUGGUGAAAUUGUUUGAUAUCUUCCUCUAAAGGAGCACUUGGUGUAUGCGGGGCAAGAAACUGAAUGAUGACUUCGACACAGAAUUGAUCUAAAACAACAAUAUCUUAUCCUGAUGACAUAGCCUCUUUGGAUCAAUUUAGGUUUCUGGGAAACUGCCCACCUACCCCUCCCCUAAGCCAUCAUUUUGCCCUAAGAGAGAAGUAAGUGUUAAUGUUAGCUUAGGGGAGGGGUAGGUGAAUGAUUUCCCAGAAACUUGAUCCGCCUCUUUAACUGGAACUUCAUAUGCAUUGUCAAAUUACAGAUUUACAGAGUACUUUUUCAGACCGCUUUUUUCAGCUAUAAAUUGCUUUUUCGACCCCGCUGGGGGUUCUGAGGAUUCUUGGUAGUGCCCGCGUACCCCGGGUUAAUUUUUGGUCCAGGGUUUUUUUUUGGGGGGGGGGGAGGGGUUAUUUUUGCCGUGAUUCGAUUAUCCCCGUCAAUUGAAAUCCGCAGUACCCCCGUGAGCGUUCGAGUGGGUGUAGUGAAAUAACGGCUUUUUGUUUCCAUACCAGUCGGUCCCAGUACAAACUGCCCUGAUCCAGGUGACCCAGCAAAUGGUGACAGGAACCCGCCGCCGCGAAACGGCAGCAGUGAUUACCAACAAGGCAGUACAAUACGCUACACGUGUUACCCUCACUAUAAUCUACACGGACCAGUCACCCGCACGUGUCUGACUGACGGCAGCUGGAGCGAAAAAGCACCAGAAUGUCUUAGUGAGUACAUUGAGCAUAGCCUAAUAAAACAGCCGAGAUUUCGCGACACCACCACUGAUUUCCCCGAGAAAUGACGUCUGAGAAAAGAGCGCAGAAAUUCCAUUUUGAUUAUGAGUCACUAUCCAGAUCUGGGAAGUGCUUUUAAUUGGUUUUUAUCAAACUUACCUCAUCCAGUCAGAAGCACUAACCAGAUAUUGAAGGUGACACGUCAUCAGUAUGGAAUUUCUGUGCUCGUUUCUCAAACGUCAUUUCGCGGGAAAACCAGUUGUGGCGCCGCAAAAUGUCGGCUGUUUUCUUGCAAUAAAGCAAACUGAGAAAGGCUUGGAUUCUGAUUCCUCGCUGUGGAUUCCGGAUACCAGGUACCAGAGUCCGGUAUUUGUCAGUAGAACUUGGAUUCUGAUUCCAAUUGUUGGAUGGAUUCCGGAUUCCUUGAGCUGUAUUCCGGAUUCCAUAAUUGAAAGUUUUCCGUAUUCCGGAUUCCACAAGCGGGUGCACUUAUUUUCAUACCCCAACAGAUUUCUCUGGGAACCUAUCGCGUCAUAACGAUUAAGAGACUGCUCUUCGUGUUUGUUUUCUACCAUAAAUUUGAAGCAAAAAGUUUUUACCAGCUUUUCUGAACCUUCCCCUUUAUCAUCCCAGCAUCACUACGCGAGCUACCAGAACAUCAGGAAAAUCGUGCGUAGUUGCGCUGUAUCUUUGAGGUACAUUUUCAUGACAUUUCACAAGUUUACACCUCGAAAUCAAGGCUUGGGAGAGAACUAAGCUAAUCCGACGUUAGCAUGUACGAGGGCUAUUGUAUUUGAAAGGCUGAACUAACGAAGCUAUCAUCGUUUUAGAAUAUCAAGUCUCCGUCUUUAAUGCUUCUCCAAAAACAAGUAACGCAAAAUUUUGCGCUACGGUAAAAACCCGCGAGUGCAAAACUGCAUUUUCCCAAAGUUAGCCUAAUUAGGCUCUUACAUAAAUGGUAAUUAGCACAAAUUUAGACUGAAGAAUUUCUGAAGAAACAAAAUACAUUGUCGCAAAGAGUAUUUAGUGGUAUUCAGCUUAUCACUUAUAUAAAUCUGCAUACCAAAUUGAAACUAAUGUAAAAAUGACUACUAGAAAAAGAACUGAAGCACUGUCCACGUAAAAUUUGAAGUCCUCCUUCAGAAUAUUACAUACAUGUAUUGCUAUGUCUUAUUUUAUUUGCCAAAGUGUAAGGAUGUUUUCGCAGAAAAUUAGAACCUGUUUCAAAUUUUAGGCUAAACAGGUUCUUGUAUAGAGGGGGCUUAACUGGCAAAUUUUAGCCCAACAGGUUCUUUAAUGAAAAAACCAGAUUCUUACUCGCUUGUUUUUACUGCAUUUUUCGUUUCUCUUUAGACCCUCCGAGAUUCCGCCAGACUCCAACCAACGUAACCGUCAAAGAAACAAGCUCUGCUUUACUUGAUUGUUCCGCUUCGACCCCUAAUACAAAUAUUACGUGGUAUAAAGACGGAAACGUUGUAAAAGGAGAUGGUAUUGUCGUUUCGAGAGCCGGGUUAAUAAUUGUGGGCGCUGAUCGUGCAAACCAAGGUUGGUAUGUCUGUAAAGCAACGAACAGGGCAGGCAGCAAGGAGGUGCGCGCAUACCUCAAAGUGACGAGACCUCUUGAUGCAGGUUAGUGAUAGAUGAUAAAUUUACUUUGAAAAACGCCGCGGCUUAAAAACCAAAUUGGUUUCUCCAUUCUGUCAUCUAAGAACGAACGGUAGAGUCCACAUUAGCAUUUAUUUCGUAAAAUGUUUUUACCUCCAGUAAAAUCGGAUUAUGUCUUAUCAUUUCCGAAUGAUGUCUAUAGUUCUUUUCAAAGUUAAGUAUCGAUUGUUAAACCAAAAAACUUUAUGAUGAAAAGUUCGUUAUAACUCAAUGCGCCUGUAUUAAUAACGAAGCUACCUUAAUCGGCAUACAAUUAGUUAAGAGAAUUCAAAUAUCAAAGCAUUUAACUCUUAUUACUUCUCAUAACCUUUCCUUUUAAAUAUGUUUUGAUGUUGUAAGGAAAAAAAUUGAUGCUGGUCACUCUUAAGAGUUGAAGGCUUAACGCUGAAAAAAUGCAACAUGGCGGAUGCGUGGGGCGUAUCUUACGGAGAGGGACACUGGGGGUACCCGAUACUGCAAUACCGUAAGAAAAAUUGGUAAAUACCGAAAUACCGUGUCAAAAUCGAUAAAAUACCGACAUAGCAAGUAUGAUUGGUUACGCUUACUUAAAGUUGCAUCCAUCAAGCAUAAUGACCCCGCCUACGUCUUGGGCAACCUCAGCCAUUGUGAGAAAACGUGAGAAGACCUCGAUUGACCGGUACAAAGAUCGAGAAGCACGGUUAUUGUAAACAACAACAAUCACAUUGUAGAUUAACUGCCAAAAAUUGCGUAAAUCAUGUACCAUGCUCACUGUGUUUUGUGUUGCGUAUUGUAUCGACCUGUAUUGGAUAGGAGAGCGCAAAUGAAAGGUACCCAAGUACCGUGAAGGAUCUUCUUUUACCGAAUACCGGCAGCCAAAAGGAUGAAAAACAGCAUACCGCAGGGCUAGAUCAUACCGCAAUACUGUUCAUUAAAAUUAAAAUUUCCGAAAUACCCCAUGAGAAAAAGCUUAAUACCGCAAUACCGUAAACCCCAAUUUCCCCCUCCUUACGACUCUUGCAAGCAUUUUCUAAAAUUUCAGCAGUUCUUAAAAGUCGUACAUUGUUUUGCCUCGAUACCUCUCGUCCCGUGUAAUAAUGUAAAUCCAAGGCAGACUUGGAUUCUGGAUUCAACGCUUGAAUCCGGAUUCUAGGAACUGGAUUCCAGAUAUUCCAAUCUUAAACCAGGGUCCGAAUUCCUUGAGCUGAGUUCCGUGUUCCAAAGCCUAAGAUUCCUGAUUACCUCGCAAGGGGCAGUACUUCAGCACUUAAUCCUUUAAGCCCCAAGAUCCACAAACAAAUUCUCCGGACUGAUCUCCAUACAUCUUCUCUAAGGUUUAAGAUCAAAGGGUUAUUUCUUUAGUAAUCAAUAAAGUAAUUCUCAUAACCUUUACUCUUGAUGAUCUGAUGUUGUUAGGAGAAAAUUGAUAUUGGUCACCCUUAGGACCAAAAAGGUUAAAAACUAAGGGUGGUAUAAACACAGCGUUGUCAUAAAACAAAGAAGAAAAAAAAAAAAGAGAGGAAAAAAUAUAUUUAUCGUAAAAUUUCCGAAUGUGCAGCGAGCCUUUCCGGUUUUAAACGUUACCGAUACUUUUUUGACGAUUGUAAUUCUCAUAAGCCUAGAUACAAAUAUCGCGAUAUUUUUUGAGAUAUUUAGAAGUUUUUGAGAAAUUUAGAAAAUGUUGAGAAAUUUAGAAAAAAAAGUGAUAUUCAGAGAAAAAAUGAUAUUUCUGAGAAAUUUAGAAGAUUUUUUAAGAAAUUUAGACUAAAUUCAAAAGAAAUUUUGGAAUUUUAUGAGAAUUUCUAGAAAGAAAUUUAGAACAUUUUUUGCGAUAUUUGUAUCUAGGCCUAAAUUCUCACCUUACUUUAACCUUGAUUUCCCCCCGCAGCCUGCGGCCGUCGCACCCUGACCAAUCGUGGCAGGAUUAUUGGCGGUAAGAAAGUAGAAGCAGGGUCUUUCCCAUGGCAAGCCGCCCUGUGGAACACAAGGACGAAUAAACUUUUCUGUGCUGGAUCCCUUGUCGCUUCGAGAUGGGUGUUUACCGCUGCGCAUUGUGUAGCUGGUUUGUUAUUUUGUUUUCAAUGCUAAGGCAUCGUCUGGGGGCUGUUUAGACUUUCUAUAUUAAAGUCCUUUAUUUUUUUUUCUUGUCGCCGUACGAACUCAUGCAUUGAAGCGCGCUUUUAAGAACUUAUGAGAGGUCGACUUGUAACAAGUCUAGGGAUUGUUUGGGUAGAGGUAUGCCGCCUAAGCCAUCAAAACCUGACCCUGUUUAAGAAAAAAAUUACUCAUUUCGCUACCUUUUUAAGACAAGGGACCUUAAUUUAUGACCCUGGGCCCAGUUGUUCGAAGGCCGAUUAGCGCUUAACCCGGGUUUCAUUUUCUUAUGUUCAAAAGAAUUUUCUCGGACAAUUUUCUCUGUAUUUUUAGAGGUUCCAAUCAUCAACUUGUAGACAGAAAGAAUUAAAAAUGAAUUGCUUUUUAAGCUUUCAAAUCUGAAUGCAAAUCUCGCACUAACCCUGGGCUAUCUUAACCCAGCUUUAAACAAUUCGGCCCAGAGUUGUUUCAUUUUGCAUACAGAAUUAGGUAAUUUUUCAAACUAAGAUCAUAAACUACAAUUUUUGGAAAAAGUUGUUGUUGCCACAAAUGUGGACCGAUUAUCUGCAGCCUUCACAUCAUUACUAACGCUUCCGGUCCAAAGAUGCCAAAUAGUGAAUUUGUAUACCCUGUUUAAGACUCAAGACUCUGAAAGCCAUACUCUGUUGAGCGGCACACAUCCGUCUAGGCGAAAUAAGGGAGUACCCCCUCUCGGGGGGCAGCCAAGCGUUCAUGGUGCCUUUUUUCCACAUUGGCUCUUCCUGAAUUUGCUUGGCCCAUGUUCACCAAAAACAAGUUAGCUAAAACUGGAAAAUCGCUGGUGUUCAUUUUAUCUAUCAAUCUCAUAACGCUUCUUGUUAAUGUGUCAAUUAUGUAUUGCUAUUGUUAGGCUCUUUAGGAACGUAAAAGGGUUAAGGUAACAGCGACGGCCAUAGCCUGCGAGCAAGCUCUCCGGGGCGCUCUGGCAGCCGGGCGGGAAAAGGAGGGAGAGCUUGCAACUACGUCUCUGGAAUUUGAAUAUCUGCAUCGAAAGAGUCGAUGCGAAAUGCUGAUUGGCGGAGAUGACAUUAGUGAUGACGUCAUUGCCCUUCGCACGUAGUUUUCAAUGUUUGUUAGCGUGUGUAGCAUGGCGAUUUUGUCGAGCCGGGCGCACGAGCGGCGAAGCCGCAAGAAAAAUAAAACCGCCUGCCCGGAUUCGUGGCCUUUUCAACUGCCGCCCCCUUCAACUCCUUUUGACAUCCUGUUGACAACUUGUUUGGUUUCAAUUUUCCCAACCAAUCAGAAAUAAAGUGUUGACAGCCUAAACACGACACAAACGUUCGUAAUAUAAUGUAAAACGUGACCUUAGCCGGAAUUGGAGUUUGCUUGAACAAACACAGGUUUUUUCUUUGUUGCUAUCUCUCGCAUAGGUGACUACACUGCGUUCUAAACUUGACUGAGUAGAUCUUAUUUUUCCUGCACUAAGUUGGUUUGUUUCAUCCAUAUUGAGUAAUUAUUUCCUGUGGUUAAUGCUUCUGUACGUGUUGCUGAUCGGAAUUUGUUGAUCUCAGAUGCAGUUGUAAAGUACCAAUUUGUUUGACCACUCUUAAACGCUAAAACUUUUUAUUACGGCUUAGUAAAUAUUUUAGCUUCUUUGGUCUUUUCCGACUAAAAUGCCUGGACCUGGAUAACUACAAACCAGGGAGCCUUGGUUUGUAGUUUCUUUCUUCGUGAAUGUUUUGACGCUGAGACCGGCUUUUUAAGUGUUGUUUGCAGGAUGUAUUUUUACGUAUAGCGCGAUCUUCAGAUUUGAGUUGUAGCUUAAACUUAAGCUACACCAAGUACCGAGAAUUAUACUGUGCGUCUUUCUUCUACUGUACAGGGGGACCCAACGUCAAUUUUCGGAAAAUAUCUGUUCGGAAGACGAUUUGAGACCUAGAAUUUUCGGAACAUUUUUUGUAAAAUUUCUUGCUUGCCUACCUCUCCUAGGAUUUUCGAACAUCUAAAAAUUGGUGUAAUUGCCCAUGUUUAAUGGAUUUUUACCCUAAAAAGUUCACCUAGAUUUUUGGGGAGCCUUUUUUCUGGCUGAAAUUUUCGAAAAGGUAAGUUUUGAUCCCUAUGAUUUUCGGAUCUCGAGACUUUCAGCUAGGAAAUCCGAACAGGUGAAAAAUUUUUAGGAGAUAAAAAUAUGCCUAUGUCUACCGUUUAAAUACUAAAAUACGUUUAACAAUGCUAUGUUUAAGUGGUUUUGAAUUAUAUUCUCGUUGGGUGCCCCUGACUGUAUGCGAUUCAUCGACCAAAAUAGCGGACACCGUUCGAUGUAGUGCGCUGGAGUGCGUUAUUCUUUAACACCGAGUAAUAGAGAAAAUUGAGGUGGACUUUCUCUAAGCAAAUUGACUGUUUCUGUCAUAAGGUCCACUGCUGUACAGCUCAGCGAGAACAUUUCCGAUAUCUGGUCGUCUGUAGUACUUUUGGGAGGGGAAAUUGUGAUCAUACAGGUUUUCGAUGAGGAUAUUUCUUCUUUGGCCAUAGCAAAGACAGUAAAGAUCAUGCUCUUGCCAAAACCUGUUGACAAAAUUUCCAUGACAUCUCUCCUUUGAAGAAGACUGUAAAUGGCCAUUUCCUGUUUAGGCUUCAAUACAGUUGCCCUGUUUUCCAGUCAAAUAUUCAAGAUCGACGACGCUCCGGUCAACGCUUCUUUGAUAUUUUGAUUUUUAUUGCGGAGAUGAUUUUUUCAGUCUCUCGAAACUCUCCCAUGGGAGAUUACCAAAAUAUUUUAUUGACGGGCGAACAUUCUGAACCAGUCGGAAAGAUCCGUACGCCAGCGUACGGACCGACUCAAAAAAGCUUCCCGUCCGUGCAGGCGGUUUUUCGAGUUGCUCCCGCCCCAAUCUCCUCGCGGUUUCUCUGCCCUCGCCCGCCUUUAUUACUUAGCGCGCCUAACCAAAACCGCCAUGCUACGCAGGCUAAAUGUUUGUUUACAUUCGCGCUUGUUCCGCUUCGCGCUGAUUGGCGGAAAUCUUACAGCUCAGUCGACGGGGAUGUCACAGUGGAAUUGGAGGUGGAUUUCAAUUUCCAGAGACAUAGUUGCAAGUUCUCCUUCCUUUUCCCGCCCCGCCGCCAGAGCCCCCCGGAGAGAGCUUGCUCGCAGGUUACGACGGCCAGGGCAUAAAAGUGAGUUUUGGUUUCUAGUCUGCCUACGUUGUCCCUUAGCUUCGAAACACCUAGACAACAUUCCACUGCUUGGUAUACCCAAAGGAAGGAGAUCUUGGGGAGCAAGGGUGGCGCAGUGGUGAGAGCGCUCGCCUCCCACCCGGGUGCAACUCCCGGCGUCGACGCCAUAUUUGGGUUGAGUUUGUUGUUGGUUCUCUCCCUUGCUCCGAAAGGUUUUUCUCCGGGUACUCCGGUUUUCCCCUCUCCUCAAAAACCAACACUUCAAAAUUCCAAUUCGAUCUGGAACGCACGAAGACGUCGUGCGUCGUGGGUAAACAAACAAUUUACAAUUUUUACUUUCUACUGCACUUAUAUCACCAUCGUACCCAGGGGGUUAUUCUCGGUUUUCAGAAUGAAGUCCUUCCGAUGCCAUAUUGGAAAUUAAAACGACAAGACCCUGGGGCGAGGUUGCAUUAACUUUUUAUAAUGGCGUCGAAGGAACGAUAUACGCAAAGAUGCAAUAUCUAGAACCAGUGUUUGAGCGCAGCAAAUUUUGUGCUGGUACCCAUGCGCUAAUGCUGUGGCACCCAGCUGACGCCACAGACGAAACGUAACUCUGCUUAAGUCCUUCUGCGAAACAGCGCCAAAUGUCCUUGUUCAGUGUAUACACCUGUGUUAAAGGAUUUGUGUAGGCGCCAUGAUUGGCCUGUUAAAAACGCCAUUGUCUAUUUACCAUUCGGGUUGGAAGUAAAUUUGAAACGCACUUCCGGUAAUUCGUUGAGUACGUUGGGGGCCGCAGACGUCACUAACCGACGUUAAAUGACGCCUGCCACGCAGGCAUAAAGUGUGAACAUGGUCUAAACAUUAAGCUCAAGGAACUAUCGCUCAUGUGCAGUUAAUUGUUGUGUCAAGUUUUGGUCCCUUAGCGCAGGACCUUACUCACACUGUACAUUUGCACAUUCUCCAUAAUACAUCUUGUUUGCCCUCCCCCCUCCCUCCUAAAAAAAAAAAUUGCAUGACCUUUGCUGGUAUUACAGUCGUCCCAAGAGAAGUGAAAGGCAAUGCCUAUGCAACAUUUUGGAGACAGGCAAGGUGUAUUAUGGGAGACGAACAAAUGGCGAUUAUAGAGCGUUUUCACAUGAUGUCUGUUGGUGUCCCAAAAGAGAAGAGUGGCCAUGUUGUUACAAACCAAUCCUGUGGGAGUUGAACCUUCUUCUUAUUUAGAAACUUUCUUUUGUUCCGAUAAAUUUGCAUAGCCGCUGACCACGUGACUGAAAAGACUCUAUUGUUAUGUAGAUACUUCAGUGCACGAUGUCCAGAUUCGUCUCGGAAAGAUCCUUAUUCACCAAGCAGAGCCCAGCAGGGAACAACUGAUUUCGGCGAAUAGAAUCCUGAUUCAUACCCACUACGACCAUCACCGCGGCGACUAUGAUCGCGAUAUAGCACUAAUCCGCCUGAAGACUGCGGUUAUUUAUACCGAUUACGUCAGACCAAUCUGCCUACCCUUGCGAGGAAAUGACACUGAUAAAUUUCUUCUGAGACCCGGAAGAAUUGGUGUCAUUACAGGUAAGAAGAUGGUAACGAUCUUGGUUGCCGAACAACUCUUCUAUUAGCUUCUCUCUUUCUUUUCUUAAGCAAAGAAAUACGCUUGAACCUGGAGAGUGUAUUCGAAGAGGAUGGAGAGUAGUCGUAACGUUACGUAGCUAUGGUAGAAGAUUUCUGGUCCUCAACAAACCGUGGUCCUGCAAGUAUAGCAGAAAGAAAAGAAGAAAAAAUUGACAUGUAUGACUUUCCUGUGCAUGAUUGCACUCAGGAGCAAAACGGUAACCCAUACUUUUCUUCCAUCGUUCAACAAUGCAAAUGGCCGUCUCUGUCAAGAAAAAUUGUUGAGAUCUAGAAAUUUUGCGACCAUGGUAACGUGACGUCAAACUUCUCCAUGGAGGUUGGUCGCUCAACAGAGUCGUCAUAAAUUAGCGUAAUCUUAACUUCCCAGUCGUCACCCUCUAUCUCGCUUUCUGUUGUCGUUCAAACUAAGUGUAUCAAGUGCUUGAAAGCCGCUUGGUAGAGAAAACCUCCAAUGUGAUGGCCAAAAGGCAUCUAAGAAUUAGACUACGAGCAGUCUCUCUUUUUUCUUGGUCUGUCGAGCAAAACGCGCGAGACACACAAAUAACCACGCGCGUAACUGAAGGCGCGAGUUUCAUACGGAGAGGCUCCCCUCUGAGAUCCAACCCCUUCACUGAGGAAUGGUGCCCCUUUCGCAGACCUACUAACAGUAAGUCUUCUCAUCAUUUUUUUUGUAGCUAUAAAGUUCAUCGAAGUAUUCAAGAAAACAAUCCUAAUAAACACCUUAAUAAUAAUUUUCACUACCCUUUCAUAUACUUCAACUCACGAAAUGCCUACCCUUUUAGAUAUGUUAAGCCUGAAAAAGGUACCCCUUUCGGGCAGAGCCUUUCAUUUAGGCCACCAUAGGAAGUAUCCCCCGGACCAAAAGCAAUGUUGUCAGGAACCCGUCAGCGCCAAUAGAGCUUAACGCAACAUCCCAACAUUUUUAAGAAUCCCAUCGCCAGGUAAGACCAGAUAAGGGAGAAAAGAACUUCAUCAGAAGCCAUUUUGAAUAAAUUGUGAACCUUGAUUAGUGCUUGAUUUUGCUUUUUUAACACUACAUAAUCCAAUGUGGAAUGUAACUUUCCCCUUUUAUAUUUGUUUCAAAAGGUUGUUCACAGUUUUAAUGACCUAUUUGCGUGGAACUGUUUUACAGGUUGGGGCGACAAAAAACGAAGACUACCGGGGCAUGCAAGGUUCCUCAAGAGACUGCGUAAAGCCGAGGUAAAAGUCGUAGACCAAAGUACAUGUAAAAUGGCCAACAGCAAGUACAUCGUCACAGACAACAUGUUUUGCGCCGGUCACUUCAACGGAGCACAUGGUGACGCAUGCGAGGGAGACUCGGGUGGACCGCUGGCCAUUGAGAAUAACCUUUCAAUGGAUGUAGCUGACGAAAGAUGGGUGCUCGCGGGCGUCAUUUCGUGGGGAAGAGGCUGCGGAGGAAUGGGCACAUACGGAGUGUAUACGCGGGUAUCGAAGUUUGCUCGAUGGAUUAACAAUGAGAUAAACAAGGACGAUUGA